AUGAUGAUACUUAUCAAGAUUUCUGAGAAAUAUCAUGGUAAAUUUGCUCUUUGUUCAAAAAUAGAAUUAAAAAAAGAUUCAAAAAUCAUUAAUAUAAGUGAAUCAGUAAUUUUUAUACAUAAUAAUAUGGUUAUUAGUAGAAUUAUAUGUGAUAUUGCAAAACAAUCAGUUAAAAAUCAUUUUGGUUAUAAAAUGAAAGUUAUUAUAGAAGCACAUCAUAAAAUAAAACGUAAACCAAAAAGUCAUAUAGAUGUAGAAAAGUUAGUAGGUCAUAGUUUACAUGCUAAAUUCCUAAAUGUAUCAACCACUAGUUCAUAUUCAUAUUUAGAUAAAAAUCUUGAUUCUUAA